CAUGUCAGCACCCAGCAGAACAUGGCUGUCUCAUUGCCCAAUUAGCUGUGGGUGCUUCGUUCUCCUUAUCCCUUUCCCCCUCUCUCCCCACACGUUGCUUUUACAAUUCACAUUCAAGGUUGAAACCGCUUAUUUACCUGCUCCCACAUCAAACUGUAUUUCCCCAUAUAAUUAUAUUUCAGAACUUCCAAGUCUUCCCAUGUUAGAUUUCAAAUUCAAUGCUCCUCUCUGACUUCUUAAAACCCCACUGUUUGUUUUGCAUGACUUUUGUACUUUCCCAGAAUAUCUCAACCCCCCCGCCAUGGCAAUAGAGCUUUGCUCCGACAGUUGUAGCAUGUGCAUGAGCCCUAGGAUCUCGUUUUCCCAUGAUCUAUGCCAGGCUGAUGUUGUUCCUGUAGAACACCACCCUUCCCAAUCCAAUUCUCCCACAAAUGACUUCGAUUUCUGCGUUUAUGAGAGCUUCUACCAAGACACUUCAUCCGCCGAUGAGCUUUUCUACGACGGGAAGAUCCUUCCCAUUCAAAUUAAGAAGAAGAUCGCCACCCCGAAAAGUACUGUUCAGCAACCCAAACCACCGUUGCCGCCGCCACCACUGGCACCGCCGCCGCUGCCAACGCACAAUAAUCGGAAGAAAGAGAGCUCUAGAGAAAUUAAGAGAACAAUCAAUGAAGUGUAUGAGAAGCAGAACUCCAAGUCCUUCUGGCGGUUCAAGCGCAGCACCAGUUUGAAUUGCGGCAGCGGAUAUGCCCGAAGCCUCUGUCCUUUGCCACUUUUAUCACGAAGCAAUUCCACAGGUUCCGUGUCUAAUGCUAAGAGAUCAGCCUUGUCAUCAAAAGAUGGAAAUAAUAUCAAGAAUUGGCACAAACAUCCCUCUGUUGCACCCAUAAAGUCGCCUCAUUCUUCGUCCUCAACCAGUUAUCAGAAGCCUCCAUUGAAGAAGACUUAUGGGUCUCACAGCAAUGGUGUUCGAAUCAAUCCAGUUUUGAAUGUCCCCACUCCAAGUCUCUUUGGUUUAGGCUCAAUUUUCUCUAAUGGCAAGGAUAAGAUCAAUAAGAAGAAGUGAUCGUUAACACUUGGUUCAUCGGAAGAUUCAAGUUUCUUGUAUUCUAAUUUGCAAAUUACUUUUGUGGAAUCUCAAUCUUUUUUUCCCUAGGGUACCCAGCGUCUCUCUGACUGGUUGGUUAGAAAAUGAAAGAAAACAGCAAAGAAAAAAAAAUCUUUGUGAAUAUUCUUAUGCAUUUGUUUGCUUCCAUUUCGUUCCAAAAUGGAAAAUUAAGCACACCCAGCAAAGUCACAAAGUUGCAUUAUUAGACCAAAUUGAGUGAAAAUUUUGAGUUUAUUCGAGUCCCAUAAAUUAUGAUUAUCCUCUCAUUUUCCUGGGAACCAAACGAGGGAUAUUGAUGGAACUUUGAGGAAAGGGCAUAGGGGUUGAACCAAGAAGACAAAGAGAUAGAAAGGGAGAUGAUGAGGGGGGGGCCAAGGGCAUUGUGAGACAUAAUUCAUGCCACAUGCAAUGGGGCACAAGAAAACAGGUAAGCCUCCCUUUCAUGGUUGUCCCAUUCUGUUUUUCUUUUUCUGCUUUUUGAUUUUUGCUUGCACAUGAUGAAUUGUACAUAUACUCCGAGUUCGGUUUCCUUUUGUUUCCAUAAAAAAAAAGACUAAAAGACUAGGACAAAUUGGUUGGUUGUAAGUGGGUGAUCAGAAAUUAUACUCUUCUGAGAGCAUUUAAUAUAUAUAUUAUGAGUUGUUGAUUGUUUGUUUCUUGUUUUGAAUUGCACGUUAUGAUGGUAAGACAA